UUGCGUCAUUGCAGCGCGCCGGAAGUGAGUCCUGCAGUCGCCAGGGACUCCGGAAGUUGCUGCUUGCUCUGGACUCGGUCGGCUUGCGAUGGGUUGCGACGGAGGAACAAUCCCUAAGAGGCAUGAACUGGUGAAGGGGCCGAAGAAGGUUGAGAAGGUCGACAAGGAUGCUGAAUUAGUGGCCCAGUGGAACUACUGUACUCUAAGUCAGGAAAUAUUAAGACGACCAAUAGUUGCCUGUGAACUUGGCAGACUUUACAACAAAGAUGCAGUCAUUGAAUUUUUAUUGGACAAAUCUUCUGAAAAGGCUCUUGGGAAGGCAGCCUCUCACAUUAAAAGCAUUAAGAAUGUGACAGAACUGAGGCUCUCUGACAACCCCGCCUGGGAAGGCGAUAAAGGAAACACUAAAGGUGACAAGCAUGAUGACCUCCAGCGGGCACGUUUCAUCUGCCCUGUCGUGGGCUUGGAAAUGAACGGCCGACAUAGGUUUUGCUUCCUCCGGUGCUGUGGUUGCGUGUUUUCUGAGCGAGCCCUAAAAGAGAUCAAAGCAGAAGUUUGUCACACGUGUGGGGCUGCCUUCCAGGAGGAUGACGUCAUUGUGCUCAAUGGCACCAAGGAAGACGUGGAAGUGCUGAAGAGCAGGAUGGAGGAGAGGCGGCUGCGAGCCAAGCUGGGGAAGAAAACAAAGAAACCUAAGGCGGCAGAGUCUGUCUCAAAAUCAGAAGUCAGUGAAGAAACCCCAGGACCAUCAAAAAUGAAAACAGGGAAGCCCGAAGAAACCAGCCUUGACACUCGAGAGAAGAAGACCAACUCGGCUCCCAAAAGUGCAGCAGCACACGGGAUCACUUCUGGAAAAGCCGCUAAGAGGUCCAUUGCUGACAGCGAAGAGUCAGAAGCUUACAAGUCUCUCUUCACCACCCACAGCUCCGCCAAGCGCUCCAAGGAGGAGUCGGCCCACUGGGUCACCCACACAUCCUACUGCUUCUGAGGCCAGCGGUGUGGCCUCAGCUGGGGCCUGUGCACUUGCUCGUCCCCUUAAAGCUGGAGCCAGGCACGGUGCCUUCGAGUAGGAAGGCACAGUGGGGACUCUGUGACCCCGCUGGCCUCGCCCAUCACCCUGUCCCACUCACCUCCACCCUCUGUGCACUUGGACCUUCCCGCGGCCCUAAGAGCAUGUUGGCUGCAUAUUUAUGCUCAAAAUAAUUAAAGACUCCAGGUUCCUCCUGGGUGUGUGGUCAGCUCA